AUCCUAAAACUAACUCCCCAUUUAUUAGCAAUUCUAUAAGAACUUCACGUUACACCUUCUUCAAUUUUCUUCCGAAACAACUUUAUGCUCAAUUCUCAAAGAUUGCUAACCUAUAUUUCCUUUUUGUUGCUAUAAUUCAAAUGCCCGAAUGGAGCCCUACUGGUCAAUUCACCACUUUGAUCCCUUUAAGUGUAUUCAUAUCAAUAGCGAUGGCUCAUGAAGGCUUUGAUGAUUAUCGGAGACACAAACAGGAUACUAUAGAAAACAACAAGGAAUGUUCAGUAUUAAAUGUUUAUCGACCAAAUGAUGUGACAUCUCAAAGAUUAGGUGUUUGGAGGAAAACGAAAUGGAGAAAUUUACGGGUUGGUGAUCUUGUGAAUGUUAAAGCUCAAGAAUGGGUUCCCGCCGAUUUAUUGCUAUUGCAUUCGAAAGGUGAAAAGGGAAUUUGCUUUGUUGAGACUGCUGCUUUAGAUGGUGAAACUAAUCUUAAGCAAAAGCAAGCACUCAAGGAUACAAAUAAUAUAUUAGCUUCUCCAGAAGCUCUUGCUAGUUUCAAAGCUGUGGUUUCUGCUGAGAAUCCAAAUCAAGACUUGUAUAACUUUGAUGGAUCAAUAGAGCUCCCCGAUGGAAAAAUAUGUGCACUUUCAAAUGAUCAAAUUUUAUUACGUGGUACAAUCUUACGCAAUACUCCUGAGAUAUAUGGACUAGUGAUAUUUACUGGCGAAGAAACAAAACUUCGAAUGAAUGCUUCAAAAAACAUUCGAACAAAAGCCCCUAUGAUACAACAAUUGCAAUGUCGAAAAUUUGGGCAGAGCGUUUUUGGAAGAACGCUUGAUGUUAAUAUGUAUCACGCGGAAACCGACACUCCUGCUGAAGCACGAACAGCAACAAUCAAUGAAGAAUUGGGUCAAGUUAGUUAUAUCUUUUCUGAUAAGACUGGAACACUCACGGAUAAUAUAAUGUUAUUUAGAAAGAUUAGUGUUGGUGGACUAGCGUUUUUACAUGAUAUGGAUUUGUUUAAUAUAGAAAAGGAUGAAUUAUCACAAUUGUUUUAUCAACGUCAAAAUUCCGUUACAAAAGGACAAAGUAAAUUUUCUUACACGUCAGUUGGACAACAUGCUCGUAAUAGGACGCUUGAUAGUCUUGAAAUUUCUGAAAACUCGGAAUCUUCAAGACGCAGAGAUUCAAGUCUUAGCAGGCGUUUUUCAAUGAUUGCACCGACCACUACUUGUCCAUCUCCACCGUAUAAACGUGAUUCAGUGUCCAAAACCACAAUAGGAUCUAUAAAAACAGACAAAGAUCCCACCAUUCGUUCCACAUUUGAUUUACUGUCCAUCAUUCAAAAUAAAUCUCAUACAUCGUUCGGAGAAAAAGCGAGAUUCUUUUUAUUGGCUAUUGCAUUAUGCCACACUUGUGUACCUGAAAUUGAUCAAACAACAAAUGAUGUAUUCUAUCAAGCUGCAUCACCUGAUGAAUUUGCUCUUGUGAAUGCUGCUAAAGAGUUAGGAUAUGUUGUUAUGGAUAGGUCGACGUCCUCAGUCUCUCUAUUGAUCAAUAACGAUGGUCUUUCCGAAUUAAAAGAUCUUAAUUCAACAAAAACAUAUGAAACCUACCAAAUUUUAAAUGUCAUUGAAUUUUCAAGUAAAAGAAAGAGAAUGAGUGUUAUUUAUCGUUUGCCUAAUGGAAAAAUAUGUCUGCUUUGUAAAGGGGCAGAUUCGAUAAUAAUAGAGAGAUUAAAGAUAAAUAACACAAAUAUUUCUUCGAGAUCGUUAAAUAAUGAAAAUAAAAGAUAUAGUACGACAAUAUAUCUUGAACACUCAAUGGUUGAUCCUUCUUCAAUGUAUGAUGAAAGAUGGCUUUAUAACGAAACCAUGCUUCAUAUUCAACAAUUUGCGACCAAAGGAUUAAGAACUUUACUUUAUGGACAUCGAUAUCUAGAAGAGGAUGAAUAUAAUGAAUGGAAUAAAUUAUAUCAAGAGGCUUCAACCACUAUGGUGGAUCGACAAAAACAAAUGGAACUGAUUGCGGAAAUAAUUGAAAGAGAUUUAGAGAUCACAGGCGCUACAGCGAUUGAAGACAAAUUGCAAGACGGAGUUCCAAAAACCAUCGAUAAAUUGUGUAGAGCAGGAAUUAGAAUAUGGAUGUUGACUGGUGACAAGAGAGAAACCGCGAUUAAUAUUGGAUAUUCUUGUUCUUUAAUCAAGAAUUACUCUACUACCAUAAUUAUAGAUCAAAAUUUUGAUCUUGACUUGACCCUAAGUCAAGCAUUAGAACAUAUUAAUUGCAACAUAGGAAAACAUGCUGUAGCAGUUGUUGAUGGUGCCACGCUGAUGGUAAUCGAACAAAAAGCCGCACUUAUGGAAAAAUUUGUCGAAUUGGGAAUUCUAUGUGAUUCUGUUAUUUGUUGUCGUGUAAGUCCAUCACAGAAAGCUUUGGUAGUUCGGAAAAUUCGAGAGAAAUUAACUGGUACAGUAACGCUAGCAAUUGGAGAUGGGGCCAAUGACAUAGCAAUGAUUCAGGAAGCACAUGUUGGAAUUGGAAUUACGGGUAGAGAAGGAUUACAGGCUGCAAGAACAAGUGAUUAUUCGAUAGCGCAAUUUAGAUUUUUAAGCAAUUUAUUGUUCGUACAUGGUAGAUGGUCUUACAUAAGAGUGUCAAAAUUCAUUUUAGGAACAUUUUAUAAAUGCAUGUGUUUUUACCUUACGCAAGGAAUAUUUCAACUUUUUACUGGAUUCUCUGGAACUAGUUUAUAUGAGCAAUGGACUCUUUCAUUUUAUAAUACAUUAUUUUCAUCAUUGCCCAUCAUGGUUAUCGGAAUGUUUGAGAAAGAUUUAAAUUAUAAAACAUUAUUAGAAGUUCCAGAACUGUAUACUCAAGGACAAUAUAACAAUGCUUUUAAUAUAAAACUUUUCUUUUCUUGGAUGAGUGACGCAAUUAUUCAUGCUCUUGUGAUAGUUAUGGUACCAUUUAUUCUACAUGACAUCCUUUGUAAGUAUGAACUCAGAAAUUUUGGAUCACCUCAACUAUAUGAGCUUGGAUUAGUGGUAUAUACAUGUGUAGUGUUUGUGGUUACAUUCAAGAUAGCAUAUUUGGAGUGUCAUAAUUGGACAGUCAUAACACACGUUACAUCAUUUUUGACAUUAUUUGGAUGGUUCUUGUAUCAAACCAUUUAUUCCUUUAUUUACCCUAUAGAUACGAAAAAUGCAGCUUAUGAUGUACGUGGAGUAUUUCAACAAGAUGCAAUUAAGAGCGAAUUUUGGGUAACUGUAAUAUUAACAACUUCUAUAGCUAUUAUACCGAAUAUUCUAAAAAAAGUAGGAACAAAUGUUUUCCAUUUUACCGAUGUUGAUGAAUAUCAAGUUAUUGAGAAGGAUGAUAAAUAUUCACAGAAAAUCAGUGCUGAUGAGGUGCGAUAG